AUGGCUGACCAAGCGCUGUCAGACGGGUCCUGCCACCACACAGCCCCUGCCCUGUCCCUGUCAGGACACGAGGGUCUAUUGUCCUCGUUCGGCACACGGGGAUCCUACUGCCCGGGGCCGGGGCUGGGGGCCGGUGCCCGCUGCGGGGGAGCAGUGCUGGCCUGGCGAGGGCUUCGGGGCAGCGCAGGCAGGGCAGGACUUUCUCACAGCCCCACCUUCGGGAAGGGCUGCAGGCGACAUGGGUCCAGCAAGUCGGUACGCCUGGGCAAAGACCGUCUCCUCUCUUCCGCAGGCCAGGUCUCCGUGUGUGCCCUCUGCUCGCUCCUGAUGAGGACCAAGCAAGUGUGGCUGUUCUCUGCCCCGCUGCUCCCCUUGCUGGCCCGGCUCUGCCCCUUCCCCCUCCACAUGCUGCCCGUGGUCAACACCUUUGCCACUGUCCUCACCGCGGUGGAGGUGCUCUACGUCGUCAGCUCCCACAUCCUCGUGCCCUUCCAGCUGGCUGCUGUGGCCUGCAGGGAGCUAGCGCAGGCGCUGGAGGUGUACAGACUGGUCGCGCUGGGGGUGUCGCUCUGGAGCCAGCUGGCCAUCCCGCUCCUCUUCCUCGUGUUCUGGCUGGUGCUCUUCUCCCUGCGCCUCUCCUUCUUCCUGGCCUCCUCCAGCAGCCCCCUCGCCCAGCAGGGCCUGCUCUUCAUCCUCCUCAGCAGCGUGGCCGAGUGCUGCAGCACGCCUUACUCCCUCGUCGGCCUCACCUUCACUGUCUCCUACCUUGCCCUGGGCGUGCUGAACCUCUGCAAGUUUUACCUGCUGGGCUACGGUGCCUUCCAGAACGGCAAUGUCAUGCACAGGGGGGUGACGGAGGGUGUGACGCUGCUGCUGCUGGCGCUGCAGACGGGGCUGCUUGACCUGCAGAUCCUCCAGCGGACCUUCCUCCUCAGCAUCAUCCUCUUCAUCGUGGUGACCUCCACGCUGCAGUCCAUGAUCGAGAUAGCUGACCCCAUUGUGCUGGCGCUGGGGGCCUCCCGCAACAGGAGCCCUUGGAAGCAUUUCCGCGGUGUCAGCAUGUGCCUGUUCUUGCUGGUUUUCCCUUGCUUCAUGGCCUACAAGAUCGCGCACUUCUUCCACCUGGAUUUCUGGCUGCUGAUCCUGGUCUCCAGCUGCAUGCUCACCUCUCUGCAGGUGAUGGGCACGCUCUUCAUCUACGCGCUCUUCAUGGUCGAGCUGUUCCAGGACACGCCGCUGGAGCGCAUGGACGAGAUCAUCUACUACGUGAACGCGGUGAGCCGGGUGCUGGAGUUCCUGGUGGCCGUGUGCGUGGUCGGCUACGGCACCUGGGAGUCCCUCUUUGGCGAGUGGAGCUGGAUGGGUGCCUCCGUCAUCAUCAUCCACUCCUACUUCAACGUCUGGCUGCGCGCCCAGUCGGGCUGGAAGAGCUUCCUGCUCCGCCGCGAGCGUGGGCUACCAGAGCUGGAAGACCCUGUUGUGCCCCUCUGA